AUGAGUAGCCCAUCAGUAGCAACAGCACAAGAGGAUGGGCCAACAUCAGCACCCCCUCUUGAGAUGGGAAAAGAAUAUCGAUCUCACCGCCGAGAACAAUCCGCACACCAAUGGUUUUAUGAUGAGUUUUCUUCCAUUUACAGACACAUGGCUCCCGAUCACCUUUUGAUUCAUUCAUCACCAUCGUCAUCAUCUUUUGAGUUCAAUCAUCAUCGUAUCAUGACGCCACCUUUAUUAUCAUCACACACACCAGCCACAUCACAUCACGGGGCCACACUUCCAGAAAGCAUGGAACAAGUGCAUGUAUGGCGUGAACGUGCAUGUUCCGAUCCGUUGCAGAUGCUACACUUGUGCAUGUCACUGAUCGACAGCCAACCAAAAUUGGUUACAGUUGCGGAGCACCUACCCCAAGAGCAACAACAACAGCAAAUGUCACUUGCUUAUGGUGUAGGAAGAGAAGCAUUUCGAUUACUAAAACGACUCGUGAGCACAGCUACCAAUAAGCGUGUGGCAGGAGAGGCUCAAUUUUUACUUGGCAAUUGUUAUGGUACGGGUCAACUCGGUGUGCCAUUGGAUCAUGAACGUGCGUUUCUUUGGUACACACAAGCUAGCAAGCAAAAUCAUGCCGAAGCAACCUAUCGUACAGGCGUAUGCUAUGAACUUGGCAUUGGUACAUGCCAUGACGAACGACGUGCCUUUACUUUUUAUCGCAAAGCUGCCCAUCUUGCCCAUCCCACAAGCAUGUAUAAGCUUGCAAUUGUGUAUUGGUACGGCUAUUGUGGACAACCUGUUCACGCUCGUGAAGCCAUUUCAUGGUUACAACGUGCAUUGGCAUCGUUACCAGAAGCACGGUAUAUGCUUGCCAUGCUCAUUCUUUAUAGUGAAAACACAGACGCCCUUGUGGUGCCCGAUAAGCGAUAUGCGAUUGAUUUAUUACAUGACGCAGCCAAGCAUGGUCAUGCUGCGAGUCAAUUGAAGCUGGCACAGGGGUUUCUAUAUGGUGGACGUGAUGCAUUGGAAGGAUUUAUGGAUCAAGAUAAAGGAUUGGGAGUGUAUUGGUAUGCACGUGCCAUUCACCAAAGCUGUCAUCCUGAAGCAGCCAUUAUCUUUUCUAUAUUGUGCCUUGCAGGAUCAGCGUAUCCAUACAUGGAUCAAUCCGAUCAUCAUGCAUAUCAAUGGGCUCGUAAAGCGGUUCAAUACGCUGCACGUCGUCAUGCUCGUUUUGGUACCGAUAGAUGGAUUCUUGCCAAGGCAUGUUAUUUAGUAGCCGUGUAUACCGAUCGAGGGAUUGGGAUAGAGACUUCCUCUGAAAUGGCUAUCCCAUGGUUUCAAAAAGCUGCAUCAUUAGGUCAUCUCACAGCUGCAAGGUGGCUAUCCAGCAGUCAACAACAGGAAGAAGAAGAAGAAGAUAAUAAAGAUACCAGCAAACAACGUGGGCGACGGCGAAUCCCUUUUACAAGGCAUCAAUGCAUUGCCAUGUAA